AACACAUUGUUACAAGAGCUGGAGAACACCCAAAAGCAGAUAGAGGAACACCAGCACGACAAGCGGCGAUUGUCGGACGAGAUCGACAAGCUGAGGCUGGAGGUGGAUCAGCUCAAGACCAGAAGUGGGACCUUCGUGGAGAGUGUUCACUCCAGGUCCCACAUGGGCAGUGCCACAGACCUGCGCUUCCCACUGGGCACCGUGGUCCACGCGCCCGCCGAGCCCUUCGGAGCAGCCCCGGGGCUGCCCCGGGCACAGAAGGGCCGGUUCGGUGCCAGGAGAGAGGAACCAGCCAAGGUAACCUGGCUGGGGGCAGGGCCCAGCGACUUGAGGAAGCACCGGAGGAAACUGCUAUCGCCCGCAGCUCGAGACGAGAGCCGGGAGGAUAAAACCACCAUCAAGUGCGAGACGUCCCCACCUUCCUCGCCCAGGACAUUGAGGCUGGAGAAGCUUGGCCACCCUGCUCUGAGCCAGGAGGAUGGGAAGAGCUCGCUGGAGGAUCAGGCCAGCAACCCCAGCAGCAGCCAGGACUCCUUGCACAAGGGCUCCAAGAGGAAGGGGAUCAAAUCCUCCAUCGGGCGCUUGUUUGGGAAAAAGGAGAAGGGUCGCUUGAUCCAGCUGAGCAGAGAAGGGGCCACAGGGCAGGUGGUGCUGACUGAUGCAGAGGGGAGCAUCCAGGACCCCCUGGGCCUGGGCAAGCUGGGCGCUCAGGCCGAGAAGGAUCGGCGUCUGCGGAAGAAGCACGAACUCCUGGAAGAGGCUCGGAGGAAAGGAUUGCCCUUUGCUCACUGGGAUGGCCCCACUGUUGUGUCCUGGCUGGAGCUCUGGGUGGGGAUGCCAGCCUGGUACGUGGCCGCCUGCCGUGCCAACGUGAAGAGCGGGGCCAUCAUGUCGGCGCUGUCGGACACCGAGAUCCAGCGGGAGAUCGGCAUCAGCAACGCCCUGCACCGCCUCAAGCUGCGCCUGGCCAUCCAGGAGAUGGUGUCACUGACCAGCCCCUCGGCACCCCCCACCUCCCGCACGUCCUCUGGAAACGUCUGGGUCACCCACGAGGAGAUGGAGAACUUGGCAACCUCCACCAAGACGGACACAGAGGAGGGCAGCUGGGCACAGACACUGGCCUACGGGGACAUGAACCACGAGUGGAUUGGGAACGAGUGGCUGCCCAGCCUGGGCCUCCCCCAGUACCGCAGCUACUUCAUGGAGUGCCUGGUGGAUGCCCGCAUGCUGGACCACCUCACCAAGAAGGACCUCAGGGUGCACCUGAAGAUGGUGGACAGCUUCCACCGCACCAGCCUCCAGUACGGCAUCAUGUGCCUCAAGAGGCUCAACUACGACCGCAAGGAGCUCGAGAGGAGGCGAGAGGAGACCCAGCACGAGAUCAAAGACGUGUUGGUGUGGACCAACGACCAGGUGAUCCACUGGAUCCAGUCCAUCGGGCUCCGCGAGUACGCCAACAACCUGGUGGAGAGCGGGGUGCACGGGGCCCUGCUGGCCCUGGAUGAGAACUUUGACCACAACAGCCUGGCCCUGGUGUUGCAAAUCCCCACCCAGAACACACAGGCUCGGCAGGUGCUGGAGAGGGAGUUCAACAACCUGCUCGCCCUGGGAACGGACCGGAGGCUGGAUGACGGCGAUGACAAGACGUUCCGCCGGACGCCGUCGUGGCGGAAGCGAUUCCGCCCGCGGGACAUCCACAGCAUCAACAUGCUCAGCGGCUCCGCAGAGACCCUCCCUGCUGGAUUCCGUGUCACCAGCCUCGUGCCACUGCCACCCCCUGCUGCCCCCUCCAAGAAAAUGCCCCCAGAAGUUGGUGCCUCCGGGUCACCCAGGCUGGAGACCUCCACGGUGCGGACGUACUCCUGCUGAGGGUCAGCCAGACGGGACCCCGGCCCUGGGGUAGGAUCUCUUUGUCUCCUCAUGCCACGUUUGCCUUGUGUGGCCCCUAUUUCUGAUGUGAUAUUUAUUGAUGGCUGGAAUGACCUUAUACUUUUAUCAUGUGCUGUUUGGAAGUGCAAUAUCUGAGAGGCUCUACAGUCACGACGUCUUUUCGGUGUAUUAUUUGCCUAAUACAGUAUUAAAUAUUUUUUUAAUUUGAAGAGUCGGUGAGCCCUUUAUAUCAAUGCCCUAUUUCUUUUGUCAUAUUAUUGGUACUGCAUGGACUCCAAACCCUGGAUCGGGUCAGGAAAGGAUGUAUGUGUGUUCCAAUAAACAGGAUUUUAAAACAGU